AUGUCUUAUAGAACUAGUCGGUCCGAUGUGGACGAUAGAUAUUAUGAUUCCGGUCCACCGCGGAGGGCACCGGCUCGGGAUGAUGACUUCGAGUCUUUACCGCGACGUCGCAGCCCACCACGCAGAGCACCGGUAAGAGAGUAUGAAGACGUAAACAUCCAAGUCCAAGAACGGGAACGGGAACGGGAGCGAGUUGACCGCACUCCCGCAUUUCUUAGAGAAGAUGUUAAAAGGACGGAAGCCGGACCGCUAGUCCUGCGUCAGCGUGAAGUUGAGACAGUCGACCGGCGACGUCCUCGCAGCCCCAGUCCUAUUCGGUACCGGGAGCGUAUCGUUGAGAGGGACCGUGAGCGGGCUCCUUCGAUGCCUCCGGAGCGUCGGCCUAGAUUUAUCGAACGAUCGCCAUCCCCACCUCCCGCCGCCGUGCGAGUAGAAUCCCGCACAAUCGAAAGGCGACGUGAGAGGUCACCAACCCCGGAGAGGGAACGGGAUCGGGAUAUGAUCCACCUACGGAUUGAACGUGAACGUGAAAAGGAACGAGCUCCGUCACCUAGUCCUUCACCCCCGCCUCCACCUCCCCCACCACCAGUCAUCCGAGGUCCUACGAUCGAGCGUGAGGUUAUCACGCACUAUCGUGACAUCGACCACGGUCUCAUACGGGCUAAGCCUCCAACUCCACCACCACCCCCGCGUACUGCACCGCCUCAAACUAGAGAGCGGGACAUAGAUAUCGAUAUUGAUAUCCGCCGUAAUGAGACAGAUGUUGAUAUCCGCGAACGAACUCGGUCGCGGUCUCGCCCGCGCGUUGAACGCCCUCGUCCGCGCAGGCAGCCAACUUACUAUGAUGAGGAUGACUUGGUAAUUGAGAGGGACCAUGACAUCCUUCGUGUAGACUCCCGACGAAGAGCUCACUCUGCUGCACCACCCCCAAGACCAGAUUAUGAGGACGAAGCUGAGUAUAUCACCGAUAAGAUCGAUUCACGGGGUCGCAUGGGAGAGGCAUUCAACGGCGCUACUAAAGACUGGACAAUCGUCGACGUGCCGCCCGGCACGGAGCGCGUUAAAAUGGACGGUGUAGGAGGCGCCGCCGCCGAAGUUACCUGGCAGCGCUACAGCGGCGUGAGGCGGUCCAAGUUCAUCCCCGAUCGGGAGGGAACGCCCAUCAGCGCCGUAAGUGAGCCGAUUCGGGAAUCAUACCGCGAAUCUCUCCGGGAACGCGAGCCAUCACGUGAACGGGACCGGCUCAGCAUACAAGUAUACGACAAACGAGAGAGAUCGCGCGACCGGGACGUCGAAGUCGAAGAGAUCCAGGACCGACGGAUUUCCAUCCGCGACGGCGACAGAGCGCCGCCUCGCAAGCGCAGCGAGAUGUGGACCGAGAUUACUAAGGAUCUCGUGCUUCGCGAAGCUAUCGAGCGGAUGGGGUACGAGUACGAGGAGACGGAGUGGUUCUUCUACGUGAUGCAGUACCUGCGCUAUGAGGACGUCCUUGAGCUCGUGAACAUGUCGGACGACAUCCGCCGCGCUAAGCGGCGCAGAGCCGAGGAGGCCCAGUGGAGCCGCGACUGGGAUCGACGACACCGCCAUCGGCAUUCCUUGAACUGGGAUACUGUCGACGACGAGCGCAUCGUCGAGCGCGAGGUUGUGUACGAUCGCCCGUCGCACCGUGGGUACGCCCGCUAA